ACCCGACCAGAACCCCCCACCCCCCGCUGGGCCCGGCCCAGAUAAAGGAAGCAGCGCCAGCAGGAAGCUCAGAGGCAUUUCUGCACUGAAACACUGAAUCCGUCUGAUUCAGGCUCAGGAUUUAACACAACAGAGAGACGAUAAACAAUCAGAGAUGGGGCUGCUGAACGUCGCUCUCCUCGUUGUCGUUCUCCUCGCGGCGACGAUGGAAGCUAAACCAAUUCGCCACAGACACGACGCCGACAUCCCCGACAAGAACCAGCCGCAGCGGUACCUGGCGGAGCUUUCCGAAGGGUCCGAGGAAUCCUCCGAGGAGUCCUCCGAGGAAGAGACUGAGGAAGAGGAGGAAGAAGACGAAGAAGACGAAGUUGUGGACGUGACGGACGCCGUCACCAUCCCGCCCUUGGUGGUCGUGACCACGGAUUCGCAGACGUUCACCUCGGGAGACGGCAGCACGCUGGCGCCGGAGCCGGAACCGGACACGGCCAACACGGCCGGCCCGGUGAUCAUGGUCCGGGAGACGACGCCGGAGCCGGAGGCGACCGCCGUGACCGCUGCGGUCACCACCGCGGAAGUGGUUCUGACGUCACUAAGAGCUACGGACAUGAGGGGAGAUAUCUGAAACUGCGUUAUGAUUAGGUCAGGGGGGUUCACAGUGUGGAGCGGGGGCCAUUUGUGGCCCCUGCAAUGAAUGAGUGUGGCCCCUGAUUUUAUUUCAAGAUUGAUACAAGUUUCUAUUGUAUUUUUAUUUAGGACAAAAUAAAAUAUUCUGGCUACGACAGAGUGUUGGGACCACAAUAAUAAUAAUAAUAAUAAUAA